AUUAUCAUUAAUGCAAAUCGAAAAAUUUAUUAUCCACAAAUAUUUUGACAAUUUUUAUUCUGUAUACAAAAUAACGAACUGUCACUUCGCGCAAGACUGUAACACACCUGCCGACCAAGCCAAAUGCAAUGCGUAAUAUUCCUAAUUAAUAAUAUCCACUCGCUCUCCAAUCUUCAAGCAAUUUAUCCAUCGAAACCCUUAUGAAACUUAGCGUUAAUCGAAGAUUAUUUAUAACAAUGGAUUGUUAAUUCGGAAAUGGUAAACUUUUCAAAAUAGCUUGAAUCGCGUAGUAUCUUUGAACGGAAAGAGUCAAAAUAGUGUUGACAAACUUCCAAUGAUCAGAUUUUGAGUGCAAUUUACGAGUAAGAGACAAGCCGAGCACAUGAGGGAAAUUAGUGUUGCUUUUUAAAAUCAAUCGCCGUGGAAAUUACAAGUUUUGAGCGUCAAAAAUGGGAUUGACGCUACUCGAAUGUUUUCCGAAAUUGUUGAAAGACAACACGAGCGAAAGAGUGGAUGGUGGAUUAAUGUUGCUGCAGCAUUUAUCGAAAGAAGUGCAGGAAAAUGGAGAGAGCAAGGAAUUCAAUCAUAUACUUAAUAGACUUGUGCGUGGAUUGGGAUCGAAUAAGAUCUCGUCGAGAAAGGGAUUUUAUUGUACAUUAACCGUGUACUUGUUGCUGAAUCCAAGCACAAAAAUUGAUAAGAUCAUUAGUAUUAUGGAUAAUGAAUUGAAGACAAGCGCUAGUAGCAGCAAAAGCGAAUUUGCUGAUAUAAACAAUGGGCGUAUUUUAGCGUGUGGUUCUAUAAUACGUUCUAACAUUUUAAAGACUAGCUCAGUCGACGAGCAGAAAAGAAUUCUCGAAUGUUUAUUACAUUGUGGUAAGCAGAGAAGCUAUCUCAGGUUUGAAUCUGUAUCGUUCUUAAUAGAAUUUUUAAAUCAACUUGAUAAUAACGAUUCUUUGGCGCCCAUUUGGAUGCUCAUUGAACAAGAAAUCUGCAAGCCCGUCGCCGAACAGACCUUGGAUACAUUUUAUGCUUUAUUAAUAAUUCAAGAUAAAUUUCCUGAAAUAAUAUCUAAGAAAAUACUUAAAAAUUGCUUUGGAAGUGAAGAUAUUAUAAACGAAGAGUCUAUAAAAGAUAUUUUAAAGAUAUUAACGAAUCUACCAAGAAUAAUCUGCUAUAAGCAUCCAAUAUACGAAGUGUUUUGCGAAAAAUUAAUAGCAACCAAAUUUGUCGAGGAAUUUUGGUUGGGCAUAGAUCAGCGUUUUAUCAAGCCAUCCAAAACGGAUGAAUAUUUAGGCGUCGAAUUAUUAAAUUUAAUUCUUAAAUCCACAACAAAUAAGUCCAUUAUUCCUACGCUGUUAUCUCAUAAUUUUCUAAAAUACAUGCUCAAGCGAUUUUCAAACAAUGCUAGACACAAAGUCGACGACGUUGCCAUUGGCUUUAAAAAAGCUCUAUCUCAAAUAGUAAAGUUACUCGAAGUUAAAGAAUUAAAAGCUAAAUUACAGAUUUCAGUACUGAAAAAAUUGAUUUUAUACCCAGGGGACCUUAUGAUAGAGAAAAUAACCGGCACAAAGGUUCUGCAGAUGAUAAUAAGUAAUCUCAAUGCCGAUGGAAUAAAAAAGUUAGCCAAUUUAUAUCGAGAAAUCGCAGCAAAUACAAAAUUUAAAGAUAAGUUUAAUUCUACACAAGAGCCUUGGACAAAAUGCGAAAGAAUUUACGCUGUACAAUUACUUAGUGUUAAAUUAAUGCAUCAUCCAGAAAUUAUAUCCGAUCUCGAAUGGAGAGUAGAGCAAUUGAAGUUUUUGUUUAAUCUUGGACUGUGCGAAGUGUCUACCGUUAGUACAGAACUAGCUCCUCACUUCAAAGAAAGCUUUUAUCGUGCUUUGGAUAACAAGUUACCAAAACUCGAUGAUUUGAGAACAGUCCUGACUUCCUUAAUCUCUCAUAUCGAUGAAAAUGUAUUUAAAAAUUCAGAAAUGAAAUUGAAAGUUCCUCUAAAUGACGACGGGACUGAGGCGUGGAAUAAAAUGAUAAAGUUCGUGAAAAAAUUAGAAAAGAACUCGAAAAUCUAUCAAAAUAUCAAUGUGGUAUUUCACAUAAUGGAUCUUCACAUGGGCCUCCAGCUGUUUUCCGAUCCGGAAAUGGCCGUCUCGUCGAUAAAUGAGCUUCAUAGUUGUUUCGAGCAUCUAAAGUCACAGAAGAAAUUGAAUAAAAAGAACGACACUGUUACGGAAAACACGAACGAGCCAGAGUGGAUCGAGGUCGUUGUCGAUUUAUUUUUAUCCUUACUUUCAAGAAAAAGUCACCUUUUACGCUCACUUGUAGGAUGCGUUUUCCCGCACAUCUGCCCUUAUUUGACAUUAACGGCAAUUCACCAAAUUUUAUCAAUCCUGGACGUUAAAAGCACCAAGAAUCCCUUGACUUCGUCAAUGGACGGGGACGAAUCGGAUUCCGAAUUAGAAUCUAACGCCGAUGACGAUGACGAGGACGAUGACGAGGACGAGGACGAGGACGAGGACGGGGAUGGGAAGAACGUGAACGAGGACGAAGAGAAGAAUGAGAAUAGCAAUAAUAGGGAGAGCGAGGAGGUAGAGGAGGAAAGCGAUUCGGAUAUCGAAGAGUCGGACGUCGAAGAUGAGGCAGUCACUGACAGGUUACGCCUAGCCGUGAGGCAGGCUCUAGGAGAUGCUACGAUGCAGACGGAUACCGAGGAUAUAGACGUUGAUAAUAUCGAUGAGGAAGAAGGGAAGCGCCUGGACGAGUCUUUAGCAGCUGCCUUCAAGAUCUUGAAAGAGAACCGAAAGUCACGAACGAAAAAGCAAGAGAAAAAUGCCCAAGUUCUCACGCACUUUCGAAUUCGGGUAAUCGACCUUUUAGAAAAUUAUUUGGAAACGAGUCCUUCGAUGGCCUUGGCUUUGGACAUGUUAUUACCCCUGUUUGCCUUACUGGAAUUUACGAUUAAGGAUCCACAUCAGAAGCCUCUUGAGAAUAGAGUUCGGAGCUGUUUAAAGAAACUCUCAGCUAUUAAAAAAUUCAAGAGCGUUGAAGACGUUAACGAGGAGCUUCUGACCACUCUUUUAAAGGCAUUGAUAGAAAAAGGAGAACGAUCGGCAUCUAUUUGUCAAGAAAUGGGUGAUAAAUUAGCGGAGUGUUCUAUAUUUCUUGUUCGAUGCUCACAACAAACGAAUAUCAACAAUGACUCGUUUAUCCAAAUUUUUGCGGAGAAUUUAACAGCCUUUUUCAAAAAACGAGAUUGCAUUCUUCCGCCAAUCUUAUUUAAAAGUCUGUUGCAACUCUGUUGGGUCGGCAAUUGGAAUCUUGUACCGUUUUUGGUGAAUUUUUCUUUUGACAAUUCUAUUAGGUUCUACAGAAGAAGACAAGCUCUCGAGUUUCUUAAAGUCUUUUACAGUAAUAUUAGAAUGAUUAUUGCAGAUGAACAGAAAGAUAAAAGGCGAAUAAUCGAGAGCAAUCUGUACAGAUUGGCAAUAAAUGAAUUGCAAAUAAAUAGUAAACAGAACACAGAGAACGGUAAAAUCACUACCAACGUUGGCAAAGAAAUAAGGCAAAAGUACAUUUGUAAUCUCUUCACAUUACUGUCGACGAUACACGUUCAUCAUAUACCCGAGUCGUGGGACUGGACAAAAAUUGGUGAAAGCAUCGCAAAUUACAGGUCGACGGUAACUUUAGCAAAAGAUGCUAAAAGUGCUUAUUACAAGUUGGCUCAUCGUAUUGGUGCUCCCGUUAUCCCCCCAAACACACGGAAUCUAGAAAAAACUAAACUUAAUAAUGGAAAUCAAGAAUGUGAGGAAGAAAAGGAUGCGUCGGGUAGUAACGAAUGUCUCGAUAACAGUGAAUCAAAUUCGCUCGAUAAACUAUUACGAAAUAAUAAUAAAAAAAGAAAGAAAAACAAUAGUCACAACAAAGACAGGCAAAAAUUGAAAAAAGAAGCGCGCGAAUUACGAGCAAAACUUAUGUCCGAAGGCUUGGAAUCAUUCGAUUUUAGUACUUGUAACACGCCCAAUGGAAUUUGCAAUAAUUCAGUUACAAAUGGAAAAUUAGAUAAAACGGAAGAUCAACCUGAAAUAGUGAAAAAUAAAAGAGCCAACCUAAACACACUUGACGUUCCAAGCAAAAAGAAGAAAAAAGAUAUACAAAGUGGGGACUAGAUCAUUAAAGAAUUUUUAUAAAGUUUAUAUUAAUUAUAAUGAACUAGAGUGAAAUUC